AUGACCGAAGCAGAAGUCAACACGACCAAUCCAUGUUACGGUCCCCUCAUGUCACCUCCAAUCUUCCAGAACAAAUGGCUAGCGAAGUUCCGCGCCCUCAUCCACGAAGUCACCGAAGAUUACAUGUCCCCAAUCACUGAUAUCGAAGACUUCUGCGACAUCACCGCUAAGCAGUGGAUGUUUGUCCAGGAGUUCUUUGUGCAGGCUCGAGAACUCUCCCUCCGACAAGCAGACUUCCCCGCAGAGCCUAUACCCGACGAGUCCAGCACGCCCAGCAACUGGACGUUCGCCAUGACCGAAGACUUCGUCCCGAAAAUGAACCCUUUUAAUGGAGCGCAAAAGGUUCUUUGUUUCUUGGAUAGGUACCUCGAGAGACUCCAGUCGAUGAAGCUUGGGCACAGCCUUGCCGGCUGUCGUUGGCAGUAG